UCACAUGCUCGAGCUACAAAAAGGCAGGAGAGGGCUCGGUGAGAGAUCCAGAUUGGCGAAGUAGAGAGAGAACGAAACCAGCGGUGCAAGAAGAGAAGACCACCGGAAAAUAAAACCGGAACAAAACGAAGAGCCGCAAUUAGAGAAAGAGAGAGAGAGAAAAAGAAAGCGCCUUCCUCUCUCUCGCCUCCACCCCCAUCCCUCGCCUCCUCCCUUCCUCCCUUGCUCCAUGGCCGUCUCGCCUUUCCCACUCCUCGUCUUCCUCUGCAUCGCCUUCGUCUCCUCCCCCCGAUCCUCCGCUGCGGCGUCGGCGACGGCGGCGCCUCUCUGCCCUCGAUCGGACAUUCCCGUCCUCGACGUCGUCAGAUCGCAAUGCCCUCUCUGGAUCGAACCGUCUUCUUCUCUGGAGGUGAAUGGUGAGACACUUGAGCAAGAGUUGAGUCACAGCCAGAGAAGUGUGUAUUACUCUGUUUUCUUCUACGCCUCAUGGUGCCCAUUCUCCAGCAACACUCGACCCAUUUUUGAUGCCCUCAGCUCCAUGUUUCCUCAAAUAAAACACUUAGCAGUUGAACAAUCUUCUUCCAUUCCAAGUGUAUUCUCAAGAUAUGGGAUUCACAGUUUUCCAGCUAUACUAUUAGCCAAUAGGACAGUGAUGGUUCGAUACCGUGGCUCAAAAGACCUCAACUCUCUUGUGAGUUUCUACAAGAAAACUACAGGUUUUGAUCCUGUUUCAUUUUUUGCUGUUGAACCGCCCAGCAGUUCAAGAAAUGCAAGAUCCCUCUGGCCAGUGGAGGGAUCUGCAAAGGAACUGAUAGCCCACGAACCUUACAUCGCAAUUAGUUUUCUUUUUAUCUGUCUAAAGGCAAUCCUGCGGUUCUUCCCUGUGAUCUUCAUCCACCUCAGAGCUUUCUGGGUUUCACUCGCCUGGCAUCUGAACUUGGAAAUCCUGGGCGAAUGGAGCCAGCUUUUGGAGCGAGCACAACAUGUAUUUGAUAUCAAGAAACUGUGGAGCAGGCUUAGGCUCUGCAAUAAGUCAAAGAACUUUCAGAAGGGGGCGAACAAUGCUCGGGCCUGGGCUUCAUCCGUUGCUUCUGUCUCACUGGGCGACUCGUCUGCCUCAAGAGUGACCCCUCCAGGCUCAUGAUUUUAUCCUCAUUUAAUCAAAGCAAUGGGUGGUUGGAGUAGUCUUCAUGUUCUCAAGGAGCAAAUUAAUCUCAUCAGUUUCCUCGUGUUAUGUAUCACUGUUUGUACCUGUUCCUCUUCGGUUUUGGGAUUAGGGACAUGGGGAAGCAUCAUAGCAUGUAAAUCUUUGGGAACGUCAUCUUUUUGUAUAUUAAAUAUAUUGUGGAAAGAAAAAGCAUUUAAAUUUAUGAGCUA